AUGGAGGCUUUUAAGGGCAGAGACCUUGCUGAAGCAUCUCACUCAGCAGCUGCAGAGGGGCUUCACAGGAAAGCUCUGCUGGGCAGCCUCCUGUUCCUUGCCACCUUGGUGACGACAUGCAAUGCAGUGUGCUCUCUUGAAUUACGAGAGGGACAUCCAAACCAACCUCCUGGUGAUUGCGUGGAUUCUGAUGGUGACAAACAUCCCAUCAACUCUUACUGGGUGAAGGACUGUAAGAGGUGUUUCUGUGGAGAAGAUACAAUUUCCUGCUGCACCCAAACUGCUAUACCCUCGAGAUAUGACAAAGAGAAGUGUCAGCAAAAUUUCCACCCAGAGAACUGCACCUAUACUGUGGUGGAAAAGAAGAACCCAGGAAAGCCCUGUCUUGUUGAAGACUGGGUAUUGUAAAUGUGUUUCUAGUGGACCAAAAAGUUGAGCAAUAUUUGAAUAUUUGUAUGAUUUAAAUUUACCAAUUAUAGGCUGGGUGGUGGUGGUCUAUAAUCCCACACUUGGAGGCAGGGGCAAACAGAUCUCAUGCAAGCCUGGUCUA